AUUUAGCCUUCCCCAACCUGGUGUCCUCUAGAUAGGCUAGGAUGUUUGGGUUCCACGCAUCUAGAUCUUAUCAGGCUGGGAAAAGAUGCUUUAUAAACAAACUAAGCAUAUGAACUAAAAGCUUGCUUUAAAAACGAAGUCUUUUUGAAAAAGCCUGUAGACAAAAAUAAAUUUCAGAGAUUUUAAUAGCAUUAUAACGUAUCUCUUAGCGUCUGUUCUUCUCCCCAGUGUUAAGCUUAGAACCAGUUGACGUAAUUAUGGGUACGGAACCAUGGAAGUGUUCCAUAACAAGUGUAACAUGCUAGCUUCCUAAAACAGAUGAACUGACCAAUCAGCUACUAAAGAGCAUACGUCCCGGGCUUCCGGCUGCACCUUUCCCAGCCGGACAAUAUCCUUCCUGUCCACUGAUCGAAGGAGUUUCCAGCCAGUUGCGUUCCGUUUGCAAUGGACUUCGACUCCGGUCCCAUCAUCCCCAAUUUAUGGGAGAUUAAGUCAAACGAAUCUGGAAGACAUUCGCUAGGGGAAGACUAAUCAACGUUCAGGCGAAUAAGCACGUUUAGGCGACCAUAACCAGUAGAGUCGUUGCUUGCUCCGCGGAUCCAACCACGUUCCAUUUACGGCGACUCUAAUUCCCAACAUACUCACAUGUGUCCCUCGGCGCAUUGUAUCCUGGGAAAUGUGGUCUCCGAAUUGAUCCUGAACUAUGGGGCGCACUGCGCAUCUGCAAACUUUCGUGGUGUCCUUGCCCUACGGGGCUGUUCUGUGAUUUGCGGAAAAUGUGGGUGUCCUAGCAACUAGCCCAGCCAGCAGCUACUGAUGAUUCCAGUGCCCCCUUAUAAGAAGCGGCCGCAAGGAGCUAAAGGGAGUCCAUCUGGUCGCUGCCUGGAGCUAGGGAAAGUAGCAGAGGCGCCCUUUCGAAUUGCUGUUGCCGCUCGGCGCCUUGUUCCAGGAUUUCAGCCUUGACAGAAGCCCGGGAACGCCUCUCCCUAGUUCCCCUUGGUCGCGCCUGCCAGCUGCCCCCAUUGGAACUGCCCCUGAGAUUUUAGGACCGUGCCGUGGGAAAGAGUGGGGAGGCGAGACCCCUCUGCAACCCACACCUCACGGGCCGAAGGAUGCUUGAAUCUAUUCGUGUCACUGAAAAGCUUCACUGGCCAGAGCAAGAGCUCUCCAAGAAGUCCAUCCUGAAGCCUGAAGAACAGAAAUUCCUUUGUAAGAAUGAAACCAGAAGCAUUAAGUCCUGCAUCCUUAAGGAUAACUUCACCACAGGGACGAGCAGCUACAAUGUUUUGCUGCAGAGCAAAGAGGAAAAAAAACACCAAAAACAUUCAUCAGCCCACCACAGAAGACUUCGGAAGUCCAUCAAACCCACUCAUGGCUUACGCAGCAGUGAACGCCACAAGGUUAAGUCACCGCUGCUCAUCCCCCCAAAUGGGUGGUACUGUUUCAAAAGGCAGCCCUCCUUCUUUAUCUCCAGCUCGCUCCAUAAUGGGAUUAAGUUAGCCCACAGUAUUUCAGUGACAGGCAGCAGCAUUGGAUUGUCAACUCCGUCCAAGAACAAAUCAAAAAGGCAUUUUUCCUUCAGCCUAGGAAAGCCCAAACCAUUGCAAGCAUCUAAAAGCUGCUUAAAAGAAGGAGAUGCCGCUGGUCGAAAGUUCUGUAUCCUCACUGCCAUCAAGCCUUCCAAUGUGGAGAAGGAGAAGAUAAAGUUCUUCAAAUCAGAUUUUACCUGUAACCCACAGUUUGAAUAUGCAAGUUCUGCCCUACCCAGUGUACUUGAAAAGCACAGCCAAGCAUCCAACUUAUUCCUUAAGCAGGCCAUCAGAAUUAUGGAACUCACUUUGCAAAAAUAUGGAAGCUAUGAAAAUUUUGAGCAGUCUACUGGAGGAAGCCUGCUGCCCAGGAGUCGCAUCUGGAAUCAUGUCCGAAAGUAUAUGGCGAAAGAAGGCUGCCUCGGCGAGAUUGUGGUUCACCUUUCGGAAGACUUGCUUUCUCGGGCCUCGAUGACUGUGGUGAAUGGCCGUCCAACUCUUACCAUCAAUAUUUCCACUGCAAGGGAACAUUGGCUAGAAGGGAUGCUCAGGCAUGAAAUAGGAACUCAUUAUCUUAGGGGCAUUAACAACAACAGCCAAUUAUGGAACAACUGGAGCGGGCGCCGAAAGCAUGGGUUAAAGCCCAUCAACCCCACCGAGGAAGGCCUGGCCAGUAUUCACAGUGUUUUGUUUCGAAAAGAUCCUUUCCUGUGGCGGGCUGCCCUUCUGUAUUACACCGUCUACCAAGCCAGCCAAAUGUCCUUCACAGAGCUCUUUCAGGACAUUGGGAGAUUUGUCAUGGACCCCAGUACUAGGUGGGAUUAUUGUGUUCGAGCCAAGAGGGGCUGGACCGAUACUUCAAAACCAGGGUGCUUUAGUAAAGAUCAGGUCUACUUGGAUGGCAUCCUACGAAUUCUGAGAUACCGACACUCUAUUGAUUUCUACUUAUUGACAGCCCUAGGAAAGGUUUCAUAUGAGGAUGUGGAUCGCCUGAAGGAUUUAGGAAUGACUGAAAACAUGAGGGUGCCACAUUUUUUGCAAGACUAUUCUCGGUACAUGGAACAUCUAGAAAAGAUUAUGGAAGUCAAUGAGAUAUCCGACACUGAACUCCAAGCUCUUAUGCCCUAAGCCAGCCCAUCUUUAUGUUUUACGUAUAUCAGAGCUGAAAUGUAGAGUGACCUAACUCACAGAAGUGGAUUAACUAAACUUAUUUUUGAUGUCUGGCAAAACCCAUAUUUUUGGACCUGCUUCUCUGUUUUUUAAGACUGAAAAACUCUGGCUACAAUUCUGGAGUUCAUUGCCUUCCAAAGAAAGAAAAAAAAUCCAC